GGCGGGAGGGAGAGAGUACACCAAGACUAGAGUGGCAAUAGUAGAUAGAUGGGCGUCCAUCUUGAAUUUUGCUGAAUUUGUGCCGGUUAUGUGAUAAAAGUGUAAUUUGUAUAACAGACUUCGAGUUAAUUGUUAAUUUUCAAAUCGUUUAUGUAUGCUUAAACUAUUUAUUUUAUAAAAUAGGAUUACAUAGAGGAAUGUGCUAGGUUAUACAUCAAUACAAGUGACUCGUAAUCGUUCAUAAUCUUUAGUAAUGAUUCCCAGUGACAAAUUGAACAAUUAAAAUUACAUAGUCAAGUGUGCUAGUGAAUAUCUGAAAGUGACGUCGAAAAUAUUUUUAUUCACAGUAUCAUUACUCAAGACAUAUGCGAUUUCCGGUAAGAGUGUCGUCGAAAAGACCUUAGGUUGGCAAAGAUAUAAUACGAUGGCAGUACCUAGUAGAGCUCGGGUAUAUGCCGAUGUAAACUCACAAAAACCAAGUGAAUACUGGGACUAUGAGAGCUAUGUGGUGAAUUGGGGUAACCAGGAAGAUUAUCAGUUAGUACGAAAGCUUGGGCGCGGAAAAUACAGUGAAGUAUUUGAGGCAAUAAAUGUCACAAAUAACGAGAAAUGCGUAGUUAAAAUAUUGAAGCCUGUCAAAAAGAAGAAGAUUAAAAGAGAAAUAAAAAUAUUAGAGAACUUAAGAGGGGGCACAAACUUAAUAACAUUAGAGGCUGUUGUUAAAGAUCCUGUAUCUCGUACUCCAGCUCUAAUAUUUGAACAUGUGAACAAUACUGACUUUAAACAACUGUAUCAAACAUUGUCAGAUUAUGAUAUAAGGUAUUAUUUGUAUGAACUUUUGAAGGCUUUAGAUUAUUGCCACAGUAUGGGUAUUAUGCAUAGAGAUGUGAAGCCCCAUAAUGUUAUGAUUGACCAUGAUAAUAGAAAGCUGCGUCUCAUAGACUGGGGGUUAGCCGAGUUCUACCACCCAGGUCAAGAGUAUAAUGUUCGUGUGGCAUCUAGAUACUUUAAGGGUCCAGAGCUCUUGGUGGAUUAUCAAAUGUAUGACUACUCUUUGGAUAUGUGGUCACUAGGUUGUAUGUUGGCAUCUAUGAUCUUUCGUAAAGAACCAUUCUUCCAUGGUCAUGAUAAUUAUGACCAGCUUGUACGCAUUGCCAAAGUGCUGGGCACUGAAGAGCUUUUUGAAUACUUGGACAAAUAUCAUAUAGAAUUGGAUCCACGGUUUCAUGAUAUUCUUGGAAGACAUUCUCGUAAACGGUGGGAAAGGUUUGUACACUCGGAAAAUCAGCAUUUGGUUUCCCCUGAAGCUCUAGAUUUUCUGGAUCGUCUGUUACGCUAUGAUCACUAUGAACGUCAUACAGCCCGUGAAGCAAUGGAUCAUCCCUACUUUUAUCCAAUUGUGAAAGUGCAAGGCCUGAUGGUGUCUUCUAAUUCUCCUAGUCCCAAUGCAUUGCAAGGACCAAUAAAUGCAGCAGAAUAAUUGUUAUAAAAUUCCAUAACAUUCUUUAUAACAUUAUAUAAUGAAAUAUUUACCUGUACAAGAUUCCUAACGAAGGAGGAGUUGAAAACACCAAAUAGUCCAUUAAAUGAAUAACAUACAUUUGGGACAGUGUUGAGCGCCAUUUCUGUUCAGUUAAAAACUUUGUAAUUCCAAUGUUCUACUAAAUAGAAGUAUAAUUUGGAAAGACAAUAUAAUUUAGUGUUUAAUUAUAGUAAAAUCUGGUUAAUUCAUUGUUUUGAAGUGUCUUAUCUCUGGUACAAACUACAAACCGCAAGUUAAUGAAAAUGAUCUUAACUGUUACUUUAAAGUAUCUUAAUAUGAUGGAUAUAAGAAAGAACCAAGAUCUUUUUUUUUUUUUUGUUUUCAAAUUCUGUAUGAAUUUUCGAAAUAACAACCCCUGGAGUUUUUAUUGCACUUGAUCUUUUGCAUUUAUUAACCUAUGGUAUGAUAUUGUAAUUACUUGUAUAAUAUAUUGAUAACACCGCAUACCAUUUGCAAAUACUGGUUAGAACUUUUGUUGGUACUUCAUAUAAAAUUUUGUAUUUAUGUAAUAUGAUAAUGUGUAGAUAUGUGUGAUAAAUACAAAAUUUUACGAUGUAACACCGCCUCUUUCAUUGAAUGAUUUUAAGGAAUACCAGUAAAUUUUAAUUAUUAGAUAUGUGAAAUAAAAUAUUGCUUCUAUUAGUAUAUUUUUAGUAAGUUAUGUUAGUGUCCCAUAUAAAAAUUUUGAUUCAAACUUCAACAUUGAAAUGGGCCUCUUGGAUUAUAAUUUAUUUUUAGUGUGAUAACUUCAAGUUGUUGCAUCAAAAUUUUCUUAAUAAACAAACUAACUUUGCCUGGAAA